AUGAUUAAACAGAUAUAUAUAAAAAGGGACAUUUGCAUUGUUAUACAUAUUAUUCUUGUUGUUCUUGUUAUUCCUGGGAUUUCUAGUUUACUACUUUUUUCAAUCGUAUUCAAUUAUAUAUCUUGUAAGAUACGAACGAACAAACAAACGAACAAGAUGGACUCCGAAUCUAAUGAAUUGAGACAAAGACAAGCUACUUUCUCGAAGGAACUGCACGGUCAACAUGCCGGUGAAAAGACAGGGAUGAGUGCUCUAUUAUCAAAGAAUAACAACGCUCAACAAGAAGCUGUUAACAAAUACCUAAGACUAUGGGACGGGAAGACCGAUAAAGACGCAGAAGAACGUCGUCUAGAAGACUACAACGAGUCUACUCAUUCGUAUUACAACGUCGUCACCGACUUCUACGAGUAUGGCUGGGGUUCCUCUUUCCAUUUCUGCAGAUUUUACAAAGGUGAAAACUUCCAAGCUGCUGUUGCGAGACAUGAACAUUAUUUGGCUCACAUGGCCGAGAUUAAACAAGGUGACCUUGUGUUGGAUGUCGGGUGUGGUGUCGGUGGUCCAGCUCGUGAAAUCGCUAGAUUCACUAACUGUAAUAUUAUAGGUUUAAAUAAUAACGAUUAUCAAAUCGAAAAAGCUAAAUGGUACGCUAAGGAAUCUGGUCUACAAGAUCAUUUGCAAUUCGUUAAAGGGGAUUUCAUGAAUUUGGAAUUCGAACCAAAUACUUUCGACAAAGUUUAUGCUAUCGAGGCAACCUGUCACGCUCCUAAUUUAGAAAAAUGUUAUAACGAAAUUUAUAAAGUAUUGAAACCAGGUGGUAUCUUCGCUGUGUAUGAAUGGGUAAUGACCGAUAAAUAUGAUGAAACUAAUGAAGAACAUAGAAAGAUUUGUUACGAAAUCGAAUUAGGUGAUGGGAUUCCAAAAAUGUUUUCUGUCGAUGUCGCUAGAAAGGCUUUGAAGGAUUGUGGUUUCGAAGUUCUAGUUGAUGAUGAUUUGGCUGAUAACACCGACCCUGUCCCAUGGUACUACCCAUUGACUGGUGAAUGGAAAUACGUACAAACUUUAAGUGAUAUCGGUACUUUCUUUAGAACUUCCUAUUUCGGUAGAAAAUUCACUAAUUUAAUGGUCUCUACUAUGGAAAAAGUCGGCUUGGCUCCAGAAGGUUCCGUUAAAGUCACCGGUGCUUUAGAAGAAGCCGCCGUCGGUCUUGUCGCUGGUGGUAGAUCUAAACUAUUCACUCCAAUGAUGUUGUUUGUCGCAAAGAAACCUUUAGAUGCUGACUCUACUACUGCUACUGCUUAA